CUACAGCGGUCCAUCUGGCGAGCUUGCCGGAGGGCACAGUUGGUGCCACAAACGUCCUUAGCUCCCUUGCCUGUAGGACUCAUUCUGCAGUCCAUAGAGCAGAGGAGUGAGGAAUGGACCUGGGGACAAGCUGGCCCAGGACCAGAACUACCAUCAUCAAAGAGGGGAUGCUGACCAAACAGAACAAUUCAUUCCAGCGAUCAAAAAGGAGAUACUUUAAGCUUCGAGGGCGAACGCUAUACUACGCCAAAACUGCAAAGUCCAUCAUAUUUGAUGAGGUGGACCUAACAGAUGCCAGCGUGGCCGAAUCAAGCACCAAAAACGUCAACAACAGCUUCACGAUGUGCAUUUGUUGGAGGGAGAAGUGUGAACUUUUCAGGAGAAAGGGCAUCCUGGGACUUGUUGGUCUCUUUCCGUCCCGGCAGCCUGAUGUCACGUCCGGCACAGAAGGGUCACUCUGUGAAUUGGUCUUGAAAUACCAGAGGAACAAGAAAGCCAUUGUAAGCUUGGUCAUCACUCCCUGUAGGAAGCUCAUCCUGUGUGCUGAUAACAGGAAAGAGAUGGAGGACUGGAUCGCAGCACUCAAGACGGUGCAGAACAGGGAGCAUUUCGAGCCCACUCAGUACAGCAUGGACCAUUUCUCAGGGACGCACAACUGGUACGCCUGUUCUCAUGCGCGGCCGACCUACUGCAAUGUGUGCCGGGAGGCCCUGUCGGGGGUCACGUCCCAUGGGCUGUCCUGUGAAGUGUGCAAAUUUAAGGCCCACAAGCGGUGUGCUGUCCGUGCAACCAAUAACUGCAAGUGGACCACGCUGGCCUCGAUCGGGAAGGACAUCAUCGAGGACGAGGAUGGGAUCGCCAUGCCCCACCAGUGGCUGGAAGGAAACCUGCCGGUGAGCGCCAAGUGCACUGUGUGUGAGAAGACCUGCGGCAGCGUGCUGCGUCUGCAGGACUGGCGCUGUCUCUGGUGCAAGGCCAUGGUGCACACGGUGUGUAAAGAGUCCUUGGUGACCAAGUGCCCACUCGGCCUGUGCAAGGUGUCCGUCAUCCCUCCCACGGCGCUCAACAGCAUCGACUCUGACGGGUUCUGGAAGGCCACCUGUCCCCCGUCUUGCACAAGUCCCCUGCUGGUCUUCGUCAAUUCUAAAAGUGGGGACAACCAGGGCGUGAAGUUCCUCAGAAGAUUCAAACAGCUAUUGAACCCUGCCCAGGUCUUCGACCUCAUGAACGGAGGACCGCACCUUGGCUUGCGGUUAUUCCAGAAGUUUGACACCUUCCGGAUUCUGGUUUGUGGCGGGGAUGGUAGUGUUGGCUGGGUCCUCUCAGAAAUCGACAGCCUCAACCUUCACAAGCAGUGUCAGCUGGGAGUGCUGCCCCUGGGGACAGGGAAUGACCUGGCCCGAGUACUUGGCUGGGGUGCGGCCUGUGACGACGACACCCAGCUCCCCCAGAUCUUGGCAAAGCUGGAGAGGGCCAGCACAAAGAUGCUGGACAGGUGGAGUGUCAUGGCAUAUGAGACCAAGCUCCCUCGGCAGGCCUCCUCCUCCACCGUCACCGAAGACUUCAGCGAGGACUCCGAGGUGCAGCAGAUUCUCUUCUAUGAAGACUCAGUUGCAGCCCACCUUUCUAAAAUCCUCACCUCGGACCAGCACUCUGUGGUGAUCUCAUCAGCCAAGGUGCUCUGCGAGACAGUGAAGGACUUUGUGGCCCGAGUGGGCAAGGCCUACGAGAAGACGACUGAGAGCUCGGAGGAGUCAGAGGUCAUGGCCAAGAAGUGCUCUGUCCUGAAAGAGAAGCUGGACUUGCUCCUCAAGACCUUGGACGAUGAGUCCCAGGCCUCCUCCUCUCUGCCCAACCCACCCCCGACCAUUGCCGAGGAGGCUGAAGACGGUGACGGGGCAGGCAAUGUCUGUGGCUCUGCUGGGGACCGCCUGGUGGGCUCAGCUUGCCCUGCCCGGCCGCAGAUCUUCCGGCCCCGGGAGCAGCUCAUGCUGCGAGCCAACAGCCUAAAGAAGGCGAUCCGCCAGAUCAUAGAGCACACGGAGAAAGCGGUUGACGAGCAGAAUGCCCAGACUCAGGAGCAGGAGGGCUUCGUGCUGGGCCUCUCUGCAUCAGAGGAGAAGAAGGACCCGAGGAAGGAUGACAAGGUGUGCCCGCUGCCAGCCCACGGCGAGGGCUGUGGCGUCCCCAAGGGAAGGAGCCACCGCAAAGCAUCCCGCUCCCCUUGUGAAAAGCUGAUGAGCAAAGGGGCUCUGUCUGUGGGCAGCUCUGCCUCUCUUCCUCCUCAGACGGGAAGCCGGGACGGCCUGCCAGCACUGAACACCAAGAUCCUGUACCCAAGCGUUCGGGCCGGGAUGUCUGGUUCCUUGCCUGGAGGCUCAGUCAUCAGCCGCCUCCUGAUCAAUGCUGAUCCCUUUAAUGCUGAGCCAGAAAACCUAGAGUACUACACAGAGAAGUGUGUCAUGAACAACUACUUCGGCAUUGGGCUGGAUGCGAAGAUAUCGCUGGACUUUAACAACAAGCGGGAUGAGCACCCUGAGAAAUGCAGGAGUCGGACCAAGAACAUGAUGUGGUACGGGGUCCUGGGCACCAAAGAGCUGCUGCACAGAACCUACAAGAACCUAGAGCAGAAGGUCUUGCUGGAGUGUGACGGGCGCCCGAUCCCGCUCCCUAGUCUCCAGGGAAUCGCCGUCCUCAACAUUCCCAGCUAUGCUGGGGGGACCAACUUCUGGGGGGGCACCAAGGAAGACGAUACUUUCACAGCCCCGUCAUUUGAUGAUAAGAUUCUGGAGGUGGUCGCCGUGUUUGGCAGCAUGCAGAUGGCUGUGUCCCGUGUGAUUAAGCUGCAGCAUCACCGGAUCGCCCAGUGUCGCACAGUGAAGAUCUCCAUCCUGGGCGACGAGGGCGUACCCGUGCAGGUGGAUGGAGAGGCCUGGAUCCAGCCACCAGGGUACAUUCGCAUUGUCCACAAGAACCGGGCACAGACGCUGACCAGAGACAGGGCCUUUGAAAACACGCUGAAGUCCUGGGAGGACAAGCAGAAGUGUGAGCUGCCCCGCCCGCCCUCGUUCUCCCUGCACCUGGAGAUCCUGUCUGAGGAGGAGGCCACUCAGAUGGACCAGUUCGGCCAGGCGGCGGGGGUCCUCAUCCACAGCAUCCGAGAAAUAGCUCAGUCCCACCGAGAUAUGGAACAGGAACUCGCCCACGCUGUCAACGCCAGCUCUAAGGCCAUGGACCGAGUGUACGGCAAGCCCAGAACCGCAGAGGGGCUGAACUGCAGCUUUGUCCAGGAAAUGGUAAACAACAUCAGAGCUCUGCGCAGCGAGACGGAACUGCUGCUGGCUGGGAAGAUGGCCCUGCAGCUGGACCCCCCCCAGAAGGAGCGGCUCGGGGCUGCCCUCGCCGAGAUGGACCGGCAGCUUGGGAAGCUGGCGGACGCACCCUGGCUCUGCCAGCCUGUGGAGCCUGGUGACGAGGAGAACGUGAUGUUAGAUCUUUCUAAACGCAGCCGCAGUGGGAAAUUCCGCCUCGUGACCAAGUUUAAAAAGGAGAAGAACAACAAGAACAAAGAGGCUCACAGCAGCCUGGGAGCCCCGGUUCACCUCUGGGGGACAGAAGAGGUUGCUGCCUGGCUGGAGCACCUCAGUCUCUGUGAGUAUAAGGACAUCUUCACGCGACACGACAUCCGGGGCUCUGAGCUCCUGCACCUGGAGCGGAGGGACCUCAAGGUACUUCACAGGCAUCUUCCACACGGCUCCCUCCUCCCCUUCUUCCCAGCGUGGCCACGCCCCGGCACCACAGCCUGUUCACCGUUCUUCUCUGCCUCUGUGUGCACCUUGGGUUGAUGGGUGGCCAUAGCUCUUGCCCUUGGCAGUGAUGGCUCCACCUGCCCCAGCCAAGCCAGGCGAGGAGCUGACCCGGCAGGGGAGCCUUUGUCUUAGCCAGGUUGCUAAGUAACCACCUAACUCCGAAACUGCCAGGCUUGGAGCCCUGGGUGCCACGUGGCCCCCCGGCUUAGACAGCGAGUGGGCCAGUGGAGACUUGGCUCCAAAGCCCCAGCACACACAGUGUCCUCUGCCCCGAGCAAGCCCUGCUCCUCACUGGGGGAGUGGGGAGGGGUCAGAGCAGGCCCUUCUGCUUGGGCCACCUCCCACCCUCCUGCUCCAGGCCUGUGUUCUGGCUUUGUCUUGUUGUAUUGUCUUUGAUCAAGUCAGUGUCUGUAGAGCCCAGCCACGAGGUGUGACUGCCACUUUGCCAUUUCCAUCUUGUUUCCUGGCGUUGUCCUUGUCGCCCUCAUCUGUGUUCCAAAAGCCUGUCAGUAGCAGGCCCACUUCAGAGCAGAGCCCUGGGGCCUGCGCCCCCCUUUGCAGCCUCCACAGUGGCUGUCCUCUCUGUUGCAGGACCUCGGUGUGACCAAGGUGGGCCACAUGAAGAGGAUCCUGUGUGGCAUCAAGGAGCUGAGCCGCAGCGGCCCUGCCACCGAGGCCUAGCCUCUGCCUUCUCUGUCUGCAUCCCCCGCCCCUCCUGCGACUGAGGCCUGGGCGGCGGCUGCCCCGGCCUUUCUCAUGGUGCUACUCCCUUUGACGGUGACAGGAAGUCUCUGAAUCCCAUUCCUAACAGCUCCAGUCUCGAACAUACCAACAACACAGCUACCUUGGAAACGCCACCUUUCCUAGCUCGGAGUCAUGGGGCAAACAGCGUUGUCCACUCUGGACUCUCACCGACCUAUGUUGUGGGCCACAGGAUCUCGUGAGGUGUGGCCUCCAGGGCACCAAGUACUCUGCAGAGACUGCCUGCCUGGGCCAUGUGCUUGUGUUGUCCUGUGGGCCCCUCUCCAGGUGUCCUUGGCUGGUCACAUUGGGUGGCACCACCUCCACCCUGCUGGCUCUUGGAAGCAUGACCAGGCAAGGCCCACAGUGGCCCCACGCCAGAAUGUCCUUGGUGCCUGACAGCCGCCCCGUGGCUCUCCACGGCAGCCCCGCAAGGCAGCCCACUGCUGUUGUUCCAUUUGUUCCUAGGGUUUUUUUGUUUUUGUCUCGGGGAUUGAACUCGGGACCUUGCACUUGCAAGGCAGGCGCUGGAACCACUGAGCUAAAUCUCUGGCCUGUUCCUAGGGUUUUAAAACACAGCUCAUGCACUUUCCUGGGUUGAAAGUAGCCUGGAUGCACUUCAGUCCUGUUUCAGUCUUGAGAACGAGAGCCCUCCCACCGAGAAUGUGGGCGGCAGUUCUCACAGACAAGCCUCCCCUCUGCCUCAGGGUCCCUGGUCCUCCAUGUCCUCUUCCCCUGAGCUGUGGCAAGGGGGCACCUCUUCUGUCCUGCAGGAUGCUGGAGAGCAGUGGGGCAGACGAGAGGUGUGGGUCUGGUGAAGCUGCCUGGGCUCUGGGAAAGCCCCUUCUGUGGGCAGACAAGCAGGUUUCCAGGCUUAGAAUCUCUGGCACUGUGGUGGCUUCCUGUCUGCUGCCGCCAGACCGCGUGUGCUUGCUGCUGUGUGCGGGGACCCUUGACUUGAGGCCCACGCUGCUCCUGCCCUACACCUGUCCCUCUGGGCAGGGCUGACGGCGCCAGUGCAUGGCAGUGCCAGUGGUGGGGUGCUUCUCAGAGGAGGGCUGCAUCCUGGCCCUCAGUGCGAUCGCCUGCCUUUUCUUCCCCUUUCAGGGAUGAUCAUAAAGCCACCUGGAGAGGGCUGCCAGGCUGUGGCUCCACACCAGAGGACAGUGGCACUGGCACUGCCCCGACCCUUGAGUUGAGUCCCCCAUCUGACGUACAUAAGCUGGGCAGGGAGUUGCUAAGGGCUUUGUCCAGGUGCCCACAGGGCUGGUGCAGACUCGGGGUGCCUUUGGGCUGCCCCUGUUGGUGUCCUAGUCCAGGAGCAUCGGGAGCCAGACGGUGCAUUUCCCGCCCUGCCUGCCUGCCCCAGGCUGUUUCCACCCUCAGCGUCGCCUGUUCUGUGUGAUGUUGGCAUCCAGACCCUAUGCACGUGGAGUGAGCCACCUAUUGGUAGUAGUAGUAGGUGGAAGUACUUGCCUUGUUGUGUGUGGCUGGGCCUACCACAGUCCCUGUAGGUGGAGGCCCCAAACAGCUCACUGAGGUGAUAGCAGCCUGUGUACGUGGUACCUGCUGGCCCAGUCAGAGCAAGCCUGAAGCUUAGGCGAGGAGGGGACAUGAGGAAAAGCAGCUGAUGGUGGCACUAGGGCCACCCCAAAUCCUGUCUCCUUGGGAAGCACUGGGUUUGGGUCAGGGGUGUUGUUUAAAAUCAGAAUCACUGUUGACAAUUACUGAAAUGUAGUUUGCUCAGUUGUGCUAAGUUAGAAGUGAAAGGCCCAGUUCAAGUGGUGUAGGGACCUGCCAGGUGGCGAUGGGCCUGUGUGGCCAUCCGUGCCUGCCCCACGGCCCCCCAGUGGUGUUGCAGGUUGGUGUCCUCGAGUCCCAGGGCCCCACAGUCCUGUGUGUCAGGAGAGAGGGGCCCCGGAGAAGAGGUUUGUGCCCCGGUGGGUGCCCCUCAUAUUUAUAAUACUAAUUUAUACGCUGACCACCUGGCCGCAGAUGCCUCGUGUGUGGAUAUGUACAUAGUCCCACUGUAGAGCUGUACAUAAGUCAUUAUGUGUAUAAAUAAAAUGAGCCUGUUUUUGAUCUUC